AUCAGGUGUUGUGAAUUCAAGAAACUCCUCAGUUCAACUCAUUCAGCGUGUCUCGUGACAGUGUUUUUAACUCAGCCGACUGGUUAACUGUCAAAACCAGUAAAAGCAUCAUGGGGAGAAAGAAAAUUCAGAUCUCUCGGAUUCUCGACCAGCGAAAUCGACAGGUGACAUUUACCAAGCGCAAAUUUGGCUUGAUGAAAAAGGCCUAUGAGCUGAGCGUGUUGUGCGACUGCGAGAUCGCUCUCAUCAUCUUCAACAGCACCAACCGUCUCUUUCAAUACGCCAGCACCGAUAUGGACAAAGUGCUCUUAAAGUACACCGAAUACAGUGAACCUCACGAGAGCCGCACUAACACGGACAUACUGGAGACUUUAAGAAGGAAAGGAUUGGGUUUGGAAAGUUCAGAGAUCGAUCAAGAAGACGGUGUGACAAUCGGAGCAGAAAAAUAUCAUGACGGCAUGGACCUCUCCCUCGCUCGCCAGCGCUAUUACGCUCCUUCGCUUCUCCAUUCAGAUGUGAUGAAUGCAAGUGCUGAAAAUGGCUACAUCAACUCCUCCAAUCCAAAUCUAGGUGCCCAUCGCACUCCGUCCUACAAACCGUUGUGCACCAGACCGGGCUCAACUGGUACUGUCAGCGCCAACUCUCAUCCUGCUCUUAUGGGACCACAUGCAGGUCUGGGUUACUCCAUGUUUCCUCAUGGCAGUCUGAGUCGAGCACUGGAGAUGAAGACACCGCCGCCGCUGAACAUGAGCAGUGACGGGCGACGGGUCGAAGCCCACGCCGGACUGUGUGGCACUCGCAGCUCUCUGGCCAAUGCUGUGAGAGAGUCUACCAAAAGAGCUCUCUAUCAGAGUAUGCAUGCUGGCGGACACAUGAUGGCCAUGGGGAAAACAGGCUUACUGGGACACAGUCUGAACUACAGCCCCUCAGAGUACAGCCAUCCUGGUUACACUGUGGGUUUUCAACGCAAUUCUAUGAAUACCUGGCAACCUUUGUCUCAUCAGGAUGCCCAUCAAUCCAUGAUCAGCCCUGGGAUGGCAUCAGGAGGAAGCUGCUCAUACCCGUCCCAGAGCUCCUCCCCCUCCUCCCCGUCGCACCCCUCCCUCAACCUAAGCAUCAAAUCAGAGCGCACCUCUCCCGUCCACAUGAUCUCCCCCACGCCCCCCAGCCAUCACAUGAUGCAGCACUCACCAAUAGCAGAGCCCAAAUCCAGCAGCUGCCCCCCGUCAGAUGAAUAUGCAGAUCUGCAGAGAGACGAGGCGCAGAAGACCAGCUUCUCCGCUCAGCAGCAGGGCCCAAACAGAGACCCGGCUGAGACCAAGAGCAGCCCCAACCCCAAGCAGCAGGAUAUCAGUAACGGCUGGAUAAGAUAAUCACCUCUUUUACACGGGUAGUUUACACAAAAGUGAACAUUUACUCAUCAUUUACUGGUUUCUUUUUUCUGUUGAACACAAAAGAAGAUAUUUUUAAGAAUGUUGAACACUGGUGGACAUUGACUUCCAUAGUAUAAGAAUAAAAUGGAAAUCAAUGGCUACUGGAUCCCAGAAUAUUUCGAAAUACGUGUGUUUUUGUGUUCAACCGAACCACCUGUGGUUGAUGAGUAAAGGACGAGUAGAAGUUUAUUUUGGAGAUAGAUAGAAUCUCUUUAAUGUUUUAACAAGAAACAUGCAUUAUGUAUUUUACUUUCAAAAUUCAGCUAUUCUGGCAUUCAAAUAUCAAAGCUCAUUUGGUUAACGCGUGAUUUUCUUUUCCCCCAAAGAGUGUAAAUGAUUGGUCAUAAAUGAUUUUCAUGUAAAUGAUGAUUUUCACUCAGGAUGGACUGCUUUUCUACUUUGAAACCAAUGUUGUUUUUAUUAUACGCAAAAUGUAUCGCCAUUAUUUCUCGUAUUACCUAUACAAUAUUUUAUUUUCCAUGCUUGUGUUUUUACUUACGCUUGAGUUAGUCGGUCCUCAAGUAUUUUGUCAGUUGAAGUGUGUUACAGUGUCCACAAGAUGGCGACAUUAGAAAAUGUAAGGCAUCUGAAUGAUUGUUGGCGUGACACCCUGUAGCCAAAUCUUUGUUUAAUGAUAACUAAUUAAAGAAGUGCGUUUGUA